AUGACACCCGGCUCUAAUGAUGUCCAUCAUAUGAUGGACGAAAGCUCAGCAAGUUUUCACUCAAAACGAGGGAGCAAGUCUCGUGGACUGCGUCAAUAUGAAUAUCGCCUAAAAGCCAAACAGCUGCAGAACAACGAGUUUCAUCCGUCUUCAUCUGGUGAGAUCGACCAACGAAUCUCUUCUUCAUGCACUUUCAUUCGAAACGAAGGUCCCCCUAACAAUACUUCAACCUUACUCUACAUGCUUGCAAAUGAGGGAAGUUAA